AUGACUGCGUUGGUCAACAUUAAAUCCGCCUUUGGGGCUGCGAUCUCUUCAAUAAUCAUCUACAUUGUCACCAAAAUCAUUUACAAUGUCUACUUCCAUCCAUUGAGUCGAUUCCCUGGCCCAACAUCUCAUGCGAUUUCGCGGAUACCAUACUUCCGUCGCGCAAUACGCGGUACCCUCCCGUUUGACAUGUUAGAAUUGCAUGAAAGAUACGGAGAUAUCGUGCGUAUUGCACCAGAAGAGCUGGCAUUUUCACAUCCAGACGCAUGGAAGGAUAUAUUCGGCCAUAAAAAUGGAGAGCCCGAAAUGGCCAAAGCUAACUGGUUCUACCGGCCGACCGAGGAACCUUGUCACAUUGUCAAUGGGGACACUGAUGAGCAUAGAAAAUUACGACGGCAGAUGGCACAUGGGUUCUCCGACAAGAGUAUGAGAGCUCAAGAGCCUAUGAUCAGGAAAUACGUUGACCUGCUGCUCCAAAAGUUGCAUGAAGGCUGUAAAGAUGGCAGUAUGGUGAUAUCAGAUUGGUAUAACUUUACUACAUUCGAUAUCAUCGGAGAUCUUGCAUUUGGUGAGCCUUUCGGAUGCUUGGAAGGCUGUAAUUACAAUGAAUGGAUCAGCGGUAUCUUUCAGGGAGCCCACUUGGGCUCGAUCUUACAGGCCUUAUCGUUUGUUCCGUGGCUGAAGACUGCACUUUUGGCAAUGAUUCCAGCAUCAAUGAAAGAGGCUCACCAGAAGCAUAAAGAUCUUACAAGAGCCAAAAUGCUUCGUCGAGUUGCCGCUACAGAAGAACGACCAGAUCUUAUUGAGGGAUUGCUCAAGAAAAAAGAUGAGCUGAACCUCGGUGUUGAGAAGCUCGUUUCAAAUGCCGAGAUUUUAAUCAUUGGAGGCUCCGAGACAACAGCAUCUCUCUUGAGUGGAGUGACAUUUCUGCUCCUAACUCAUCCUGAAGCUUACCAAAAGUUGAAAGAUGAAGUCCAUUCGACAUUUCAGAGUCAAGAAGAGAUCAACUUGAUUAGUGUUAACACCCUUACAUACAUGCUGGCUUGUCUUGAUGAAGCCAUGCGCAUGUAUCCUCCAAUUGCUAAUGGCCUACCUAGAGUGUGUCCAAAGGGUGGAUCUCGGGUCUUGGGCCAAUACCUACCAGAGAAUACCAAUGUCUCCAUCCACCAAUGGGCGUUGUAUCGCCGUGAGAAAUAUUUCAAAGAUCCCAAUGCAUAUCAUCCAGAGCGCUUUCUGGGGGAUCCAGAGUUUGUCAACGAUUGUCGAGAUGUGUUCCAACCUUUUCAUACUGGUCCACGAAACUGCUUGGGAAGAAAUCUUGCAUACAGUGAGAUGCGUCUGAUUCUCGCGCUCAUUGUCUUCAACUUUGAUAUGAAGAUAUCAGAGGAAAGCCAAGAUUGGAUGAAUCAAAAAAAUUUCCUCAUGUGGGAGAAGGGUCCUUUAAAGGUUCAUCUGACGCCAAGAGAGAUUCAGACUCAGAGUUCAAGUUAA